CCCGGCCGGCUGCAGCCCCUCACGGGGACGCCCGCGGGCGCCGUCCCUUCACACCGGGGCGAAGCUGAGGCGGGGGCUGCUCCUACAGAUUGUCCGGCUGCGUCAGCGAGAGUCCAGAAGGGCUCCCUCAGAUGUCGCUGCUGGUCUCUGCAUUAAACAAGCCAAGUUCCCCCGGUUACCUGGGCGACGUGCUGUAAACUCACCAGCCCCGCGGAGCUGGAGUGCCUUGGGAGCCUCGGGAAUGGCUCCUGUGUGUUCCGCACUCAGGGAAACAGCCGAAAAUAAAAUCAAAACCUGUGUAAUUGCUGUCGAAUUCCUCGCUGGCCAGCAAAGGAAGGCAGCUGCGAGCUGAAAAUGCUCUCUAAUUUCCCUUUGGAUUGAUGCGCCUCUUUCACAUUUCGCUGCUGAAGAGCCAGGUUUCGGGGCAUUAAUACAUUUAAGGACAGUAUGUCUGACAACAAACAAAAUAAGAGGAGAAACAAAAAAGGUUGUGGAAGUGUUGUUGCUUUUCGGAAUGCAGACAAUAUAGUGGAAAAAAUGCAUCAGUCAGACAAAGCUCUAGGAAAAACGAGCCAAAUUGCACCAACAUCCAGAGCAUGGCCAGACCAACAAGUGGCAUGUCUUCCAAGUAAAAAUCAGAUAGCAUUACCCAGGAGGCAUCACACUUCUUUACCUUUCUACUCAAAGAAAGAGGACAUGGGAUAUGGCUUUGACUUCAGCUUUCUGCUACAGACCUCAUGCCCAGAAUCUAACAUUUCAACAUCAUUUAUGGAUUUAGAUACUUUCCAGAUAAUAAAAGCACAAAUACAACAAAGGUUAACUAUAACAAUGCUAAAAACCAGGAACAAGACAUCUGAGUUUCAUUUGCCACCAGUGACAUAUCAGCCUGUAAGAAAAAUUCAUCUUGCUCCUCUAAAGGAUGUCAAUGAAAGCAUAAACAUCAAAAAUAUUUUCAAUAUUAUGAACUCUAUUCCUCAGCCUAUAAAACCAGUUACUAAAUUGUAUCAGUAUCAGUUAGACAACUUAUUAAAUGGGCUCGGUGAAAAGUCAUCAGAAUUGAUCAUGGCCACAAUUUCUGAUAAGUUCACUCCAGUGAAGGACCUGUACUACUUCAGCAUUAACAACUGUGAUAAGUACCCCAACAACAAGAAGGAAGAAAUCCAAAGCCAUUUAAAAUGGAGGGAAGCUGAUGUACCAAUCCACACUGAGAAGAAUCAGGUGAAAUUCCAGUGUUCAGUGGUUUGUGAGAAUAUGGAUCUUCUGACCCAAGCCAGGUUCUGGGAUCAGAGUCAUUCUCUCUUGGGCUCAAGCAAUGCUCUGGUGAGCUGUGGCGUGUUUACAGCCCAGACAGCAUUUACAGUGUCUGGCUACAGCAAUGCCUCAAGAGCUGGCAACAAGCAAAACAGAGCAGAGAAUUGCUGUAGCACUGGUCUGGAAGAAGAAAAUGCUACAGAGUUGAUGCUGGAUUAUAAACCACAGGAAGAUGCUGAGAGUGCCAACCUUGUGCUUUACAAUCAGGAUUUAGAUUCUUCCUGUAAAAAUGAAGUAAUAGAGGCCUACAAAGCCUUGGAAGAUAAUUCUGUAGCUGCAGUAAUUCCCAGAGUAGAAGUUCAAGAUCCCUCUGGAAAACAGUCAGACAAUCAAGUCUGUGUCUCUGAAUUUGAAAUAGAAAAAGAAGCAAUGUCAGAAGCAACUUCAGAGGACCAACGUGAGCUUGUAGCUGCUGCUCAUGUUACACUCUCUGAACAAGGGCCAGCCAGGGAAACACACAUUGCUGAACAACCUGCCACAAAAAAGGGUGAGGUCUGUACCCUGCCUCCUCAUGUUCCUCAGAAACUCAAUGGUUUUGCUUACAAAGAAAAUGACAACAAUAAAAUAAAGAUGACUAGAAAUAAAUAUUCAUCAAAAUCUAAAAUUAAUAAGAUGAAAGUAUCUGAAGACUUAAUUGCUUCUGGUGAGGUUACCACAAAAUCAAAUGCCAAGAGUCAGUUUUUUCCAUCUUUGGAACCGACAAAAGUGAAAUCUGAGGCUUCCAUGAAGUGUCAGAAAAAAACUACUCAAGGACACAAAGGCCAUGUUCCUCAGAGUAUGCAGAAAAUUAAAAAGCAAAGUUGCUCCUGCAGUUGCAAAAGUUCUGCUGUCUUAAAGAAACAUGGUACUUCUCUUUGUCUGCCACAUGCACCCUCUGCUUCAGAUUUUGUAGAUCUGAACUACACUGACAUGUUCAAAAUAAUAAAUUCAGAUGACCAAGGCCCAGGUAUUUAUGAAAUGUUUGGAACUCCUGUCUAUUCCCGCAUGAGAGACCUUGACCAGCACGAGGGCAGGUUUUAUAAAGGUGUUUAUUCUGUUCCACCAGGAAGAUGCACCUGCAGAUCUACCUGCAGUAAAGGAGGAGAAAGCAGCAGAGUCAGAAACACUCAAAAGAAAUCACAUUCUAAGCCAAAGAAGACCAUACCUGGUGCUAAACAAAAGCAGAAAGAUUUAAUCACCAAGGACAGAAGGACCAAGCUGAGUGACAGCAACACAGAGAAAGAUAAUGCAACAGCUUCUGACUUGGAUUUUCAAACACACACCUUGAGUAGCACAACAUUAUUUCACAGAAACACCGAUCAGCUCACAGUUUUAGCCAAGCUUUCACAGGCAACUAAGCAAAAUGAAAUAUUUACAAAUUCAAACCUUUCAACUAUUAAAGAAGUUUCUUUGGAGCAGUUGUUAGACAGCCAGGAUAAAUCCAGCCAUCAGAGGGCUGCUGCCUGCAGCCAGGAUCUCCUUCAGUUCAGUGAUCAAGACUGCAGAGAAUGUGUUGCUCCAAGUGGCAGUCAGGUAACAGCAGAGCAGAGCACCUGCGUGCCCCAGUGCAGGAGGGAUGGUGGCAAAGGCUGGGAAUCACACCAGGACUCCAAGUCUGUCAAUAAAAGCGAGUUGCUCUUUUCAGAUGGACUGGAAUGUCAGUCCCCUACAAAAAUAUUAGAUCACAGUUGUGCAAACACACCUCGAAACAGUAGUUUGGCAAAUGAAUUGACUCAGGCUUCAGUGAUUUGGACAAAAAAUGCCAAAAGCCCCAGUUCCCAGACAAGUCAAAACAUUUCUUCCUGGUCAGAUACUAAGGAUGUGACUGAUGAGUUGCUUUGUUGCCUGGCCAAAGAAUUGCUAAUGCUUGAAGAAAAAGACAUAAACUCUUCAAGAACAAAAAAUACAUGUUCUAAAAUACAAAACACACAGAGUGAAGAAGAGAAGAAUAUGAUGAAUGGAGCUGGAGCAAUAAUAAAUAGUGCUCUAGAGAAGAAUUGCAGUAAAGAUUUUUUGGCUUCAAAUGAAGAAAAUGGCCUUCUGAACUAUGAUGAAUCUACUAAAUUCCCAAGAAGCAGUUUAGCUACCAAAGAUCCUAUCAUUUGGACAAGAGGAGAAGUCCUUGGAAAGGGAGCCUAUGGCACGGUGUACUGUGGUCUGACAAGCCAGGGCCAGUUAAUAGCUGUAAAACAGAUGGUUUUGGAGACAUCAGAUCAACUCACUACAGAAAAGGAGUAUCAGAAGUUCCAUGAGGAAGUUGAUCUUUUGAAGACGUUGAAGCAUGCAAAUAUUGUAACUUAUUUAGGAACUUGCCUGGAAGACAACAUUUUAAGCAUAUUCAUGGAAUUUGUUCCUGGUGGCUCCAUUUCCAGUAUUCUGAAUCGCUUCGGCCCGUUGCCAGAAGUUGUCCUGCGUAAAUACACCAAGCAAAUUCUACAAGGGGUUGCAUAUUUACACGACAACUGUGUGGUCCACAGAGACAUCAAAGGCAAUAACGUGAUGCUCAUGCCCACCGGGGUAAUCAAGCUGAUUGACUUUGGCUGUGCCCGGCGCCUGGCCUGGGCCAGCCUGAGCGGCACCGGCAGCGAGCUGCUCCGCUCCGUGCACGGCACUCCCUACUGGAUGGCUCCGGAGGUCAUCGCCGACUGCGGCUACGGCCGGAAAUCGGACAUCUGGAGCGUCGGCUGCACCGUGUUCGAGAUGGCCACAGGCAAACCCCCUCUGGCCUCCAUGGGCAGGGUGGCGGCCAUGUUCUACAUCGGGGCCCACAGGGGGCUGAUGCCGGCCCUGCCCGACCGCUUCUCCAGCGCUGCCGUGGAGUUUGUGCACGCCUGCUUAACCAGAGAUCAACACCAACGGCCUUCUGCUCUGCAGUUGCUGGACCAUCCCUUUGUGAAAGGAGGACAGUGAAUUUUUCACAACUCUUGCCAAAUGAGUGUUUAUUUUCCAUGGAAAAGAUUUUCAGUUGUGGAGAAAAGACCAGAAGGAACUGGACUCUGUGUGACAGCAGAAAUACUGAGGAGCAGUCGUGUUCAAGGAGUCUGUUAUUAGGCAGCAGUGAUUAAAGAGUACCUGCUCUGCACUGCCUGUCCUUCACUGUGAACACAAGGCCACGUUGUGUUGUAUUUGGAGAGACUUAAAGGGAAAAUAAAGUCACCAUCACUGGCAUGCAAGAGGCCAGGUAAGCUGGAAUGUCUGUAAAAUCCUAUGGAAAGAGCUAUGGGCAGAGAGCUCUGCAACUUUGGAGAUGAGUAAUGGGUGUGAGGAUCCCACAGGUUCCUCAGACAAUCUACUGGCAUGAAAGGUACUGAGGCUUUUAUUCAGUCAUCUGGGCCCUUUUGUUUAACUGGAUGGGCACUUCAGUCUCUAGCUGGUAAGUUUUUUACAUACAUUGAUCAGCCCUGUGUUCCUGAGGCCCUGUACCUCCACAAGACACUUAGAUAAUUAUCUAUAAUUAUCUAGAUAAUUAUUUAGAUAAUUAUCUCUAAACCCUGGAACUGCCUGUUUUAAAUGAAAUAGUGCAUUUUAUGGGCACUUUCAGGUCCCAGUUUGAGGUAGGAAGGGGCUCAGGAGAUGUUCUGGUCCAGCCCCACUGCUCAGAGCAGGGCUGACUGAAGCAGGUUGCUCAGGCCCUUGUCCCAUUGACUUUGAGUCUGACUAUGGAUGGACACUCCACAGCCACUCCAGGCAACAUGCUCCAGUCUUUAACCCCCUCAUGGAAAAAGUGAUUUUAUGUUUGAAGUCUAUCUGACAGGUCAAGUUGUCCUGUUGUCCCUUGUCCUGUCACUGCUACACUGCAGAGUCUGGCUCUGUCUUCCUUACCGUCCCCAUGGGGUGCUGGUAUCACUGAAAACAUGAAGUGUUUCUCUGACCACUGGAGUGAGCACUGUCUGUGACUGGAUGACAGAACAGAGCCCUCUGCAUUCCAAUAGUCUUUACACUUAGCAGAACUAACUGCACAAAAUUAAACAAAAUCUAAAAAGCAUUAUUAAGUAUUAAUAAAGCAAAAAAAGCAGAUAUUAGUAGUUAGAAUGUCCUUUUGUUGAUUUGGCUUCUUCCUAUCGAAAUGGGGUAAAUCUUUAGACUUUGUGAGCACCCAGGCUCCAGGAAGAGAGGCACUAAAACUAAGCCCUACAACUGUUCAGAGCUGGGCUCUCAAGAAUCCAAGACACUGACGUCAGUGUGAGCUCUGAUGUAACGUGAACAUUAUAAAUCCAACUUUCCUCAGAGUGCUGAACAUCUUAGUUACUUAAAUAGCUUUCAAACUUUAUUUUAUUCCAGUAGUCAGUCAGCCUCCUGACUUCAGAGAGUUGUCUAAACUUUAUAAAAGCAAAGAGAAAUCAGUAUUUCUAGCAAAAUUCUUUAUUAAUAGUUUCUGUAGGUAUAAUGUCACAUAACAAUGACAGAACAUUAUGCCAGUAUAAGAGUAAUCCUAACAUCACAGUAAUCUUCAAAGUUCAAGCAGUUAACAGUCCUUUUUUGAGGAAUAUCACUUGGUGCUCAUGCCAGACAUCCAUGGCAACAUCACGUUAAACUAUCUUCACGUUCAAGUACCUUGCAGAAUAAAGGCAGGAGCCUGGGCAUGUGAGCUCUAGUGGGAUGUACGUAAUUCCAUGAUGUGUACUAAUUCUUCUCAGAUUAAGGUAGAUUCUUCAACAAAGCUGCAAAGUAAAUAUGAGGGUUUAUUUAGCAUGAAAUGAAACUGAGAUGAGAGUCAUAAGCAAGGAAAGAAUGGGAAUGCUCUAGAGUAUAUAAUUAAUUAAAGAAAGGUCAGCAUUACAAACCCCCCUUCUUAUGCACAGCUUACAAGCAAAACAUCUCUUGUUAGGGUUCUCCAGUAUUAAGGUUACCAGUUAUUUGCAAUUUGUCAUGUUUAAUCCAGUUAAUUACACUCAAAACAGUCAUUAGAGGUUUGUAAAACUUGAACCUGAGUUUUUAAUCAAAAUGUGAAAGCACAUUUUUGCUUUUGUUUAACCAGACUUCAAGAAUGAGGUGUCAGUUUAAGGCCAGCACUUGCAACAAAGGUAUUUCAGCUGAAUCAGAGCUGUGCUUGCAGCAGAGCUCAGGGCCCAGCACAGCCAAACCAAGCCCUGUGUUAAUCUGGGGAGCCUUGGGUUGCUUGGCUGAGCCAGUGUGGUGGAGCAGCCUAGAAACAAGUCUAAUUUUGCAUAUUUCUUACUUGAUGACAUCAGAGAUUUUCACACCAAAAUCCAGGUGCCUAAUUACAGGUAUCCAAUGUAACAAGGGGAAAGAAUGUGAAAUCCUGAAAACUGGGUUUUUUUCAUGUGACUGAGUUACUCAGUGAGCAGGGUCACACUUUGCUUCAUUAUUUAGUGUAAGAGCUUUGCUGGUUUAAAGGCUACAGCCUUCCUUUCUGAAAUCAGUGCAAGCAGCCUGCCAAGCACCUGCUGUUACUGCAGGUUUCCUCAGGAUUUGGAGCUGAAAUCUCAGCAGCUGAAGACACAGCCCUGUCCAUGACUCUAGGGGUACCAGUGUUUCUCUGACACCGUAACGGGAGCCACGGCUCACGUCUCAAAGGGCGGGGCCACAGGCAGGCCAACCCAGCUGUUACACUGCGCUUGUAGCAUGGAAAAAUUUGCAUCCAAAAAUGCACCCAUCUACCUCUCUUUCCAAGGAAGCAGAGCCUGGUCCCCGAAAGCACAAGAGUCUCUUGAGAUUAUUAAGGUUCAAAUUUAGUGCUGUUCCAGUGAGAACCGAUGCAAUUUCUACACCACUCCCAUCAAAGCUCUGGUUCUUGCACACAGGCAACGAACCAGAGUUCUCCCAAGGAAGGGCCCCCAGGACACACUCCGGUGCCUUCUGUCCCGUUUGUCCCUCCCCACAGGGACCUGCACCACGGCACAGCUAAGGAAUGUUAGAGGUGUUGUCAAAGAACACAAUGCCUGAACUAUGGCAACACCAAUGUUGCUGUUCCAAGUGCAGGAACACACGGGAGUCAAACCCAAGCACUGAGUAUCAAGGUUAUCAAUUUAGUUUGGAUUUGUUAUAUCCACUUCAGAAGCCAGAGAAACAGUCACUCCCAGUAGCAAUGGGAGAGAACACUCCUGGCACUAAUUCUCUCUUUAAGAUUUAAGGAGUUAAGCCUUUCAGAGAAAGGAGGAAUUAACUAGCUAGUUCAGUCUGGCAUAACUUCCAAGGCUCAAGACAAAUUUUUAGAACUAAUGCUUGUGUGCAUUUACAUCAAAUUAAAGAAAGCAAACAAAGUCUUUGUCCAGCCACUUUCCCUGCAAAACAAAGAUUGGGAACCCUUCCCUGUAAGGAAGAAUGCAUGGUGUAGCAAUGUCACCCACCCCCUCACUGCUAAAAAGAGAAUAAUACUGAAAAACCCCUCCACCAUCACACACUGUUACUACCAUGCACAGGCUACAGAGAAGGAGCAGCUUAAGAUAGCACAAAAUGUCUAGAAUUUGCUUUUCAGGUACCAAAUACCUGAUCAAUGUAAUGGAAAUAAAGGAAACAAGAGUUCAGAUUUUCCUGCACUCCAUUAUUUGAGUGAUUUGAUGACAACCAGCAACACUUUGCCAAUAAUUGACAGGAGAUCUCAGUGUUUACUAAUGAAGUUGGAAAAAUUAAACAUAGGAAAAUGGGAUCAUUUCUGCACAAUAGAGGUGAGGUAGGGAAUUUUAUUGAAAAUACUUUAUUUUUUUUACAAGUUCUUAGAAAUAAACUUUUUUUUCUAAUCUCACACAAACAGCUGUACCUCAAAAAUUCAACUAAGCUAUUAUGAAACAUUUAUAUUUACAGUUAGCCAAAAGAAUAUACAGAACUGCCAUGUUAUGCAAAGAGCGAAGUACCACCUCACAGUGAGAUACACCACCCCAGCACUCCCACCAUCAGGAAGAUUCAACAUCCAAAAGAAUCUCACUAUUCUACAAACCUCAUUGCACAAAGAGAGAAGAUUUUUAAUAGUGUUGUAGCAAGGUCUCCACUACAGCAUCAUUUUACAAAUUACAUAAUUCAUGUACUCAAGUUUUUAACAAAAAAUCUGUAAUAAGUGAUGAACAAAGUAAUAGUGUUGACUAUGAGCCUUUUAUUGCAUUUAUUCAGUCAUUCCCAUGAGGCCGAUGCUGAUCCCAAUAGUUUUCAUUCACUUCCAACACCUCAGCCAGGCUGCAAUUCACACCAUUCACUAAUUUACAGUGAGUUUCAGUCAGCAAAAACUAGUGGCACCUGAUUGCAUCCCCUCUCCCGCCCUCUCAGCCCUAGGACCACCACACGGAAUUCAGACACAAACACACAGACAGUUUCACCUAUUUACAAUUACAUUGAAAGCCAAACCCCAUGAGUUUUAAGGACAUCCUUUACAGAGAAACCAAAACCCACUGUUUGGGUCUCAAUGUGACAUAGCAACAUUUUGUCCACCAUAUUUCACAACUUCCCAGAAUCAAAACAGGUAAUAAUUUUUUUGUAACAGCACCAUAGGAGGAAGGCCUAUGCUCUUUUCCAAGGUAUAUUAGACAGGCACUAGUUACCAUCCAGACAUUUUAACUCCAGGUUGUGACAACAACUGCUAUAUUUACAGUACAAUAUAUUGCUUAUCCAGAGUGGCUGUAUAAGAUGCAUUUCCUGGCACAAUUAUUUAAACAGACACAAAAAUAAAAUACUGUAGUGCUUCAAAGACAAAGACAGUUUCCUGCUAUUUCAUGAGUCUGCCCAGGCUCUAGUUUAGGACAGUAUAUAAUGCAGAUUACAUUGGUUAUAAAUCAGACCCAAGAGUAGCACUGAGAUGGAAAGGAAACAGACUAUAAAAGGAUAGAAAAUAUUCAACAAUGCAGAAGUUUGCAACAAGAAGUUACAUCCCGAAUGUAGAAAAAUAACCAAUUCAGGAGGGAUAAGACAGCUUUGGAUUUUGUACAUGGGCCUUGACUUACACUAAGAUAUAGCAGAAAAUGCAAUCAGGUUUCCAUUUAAAUAUUCCUUAAGUGUAAAAAAAGUAUUCAUAGUUUAAAUAAAACUUAUUCAAGUAA